AUGUCUAAUGGAUCCAACCUUUCUUCUCUUCAUGAACACUAUGAAGAAGUAGAAGUUUUAGAAAAAAAAGGGGAAACAUUAGGUUCAGAUGCUUAUAUCAAGCAACAUGAAUUAACCGAAGAGGAACAUCACGAGUCCAUAAAAAAUGCAAAUAUUUUGACAGGUCCUCAACUAUAUCUAUGUAUGUUUUCUGGAUUGUUAUGUUUGUUCCUUGUUGCCUUGGACCAAACUAUCACUGUUACCAUUUUAACUACAGUAGCUAACAAAUUUGAUGCAUUUUCUGAAGUUACAUGGAUAACUACUGCAUUUGUCCUUCCCUUGGGUUGCCUUGCACAAUUUUGGGGUAAAUUUUCGGUAAUUUUUGGACGUAAGUUUACAAUGUUGAUAUCAGUUUUUUUAUUCGAGAUUGGUAGUUUGAUAUGCGCAUUAGCGAAUACUAUGAACACACUUAUUGGCGGAAGAACGCUCCAAGGAAUUGGAGGAGGAGGUGUUAUUUCUUGCAUCUUCAUUAUAGUCUCAGAAAUUACAUCGGAUGAUAAGAAACCGUUGUUAUUGGCGUUGAACGGCGCAACAUAUGGUAUUGCAAGUGUUCUUGGUCCUAUAGUAGGUGGUCUACUAACAAAAGCCAGCUGGAGGUGGUGUUUCUGGAUAAAUCUUUGUUUUGCGGCAGUUGUAUUUCCGUGUUUUUAUUUUAGUUAUAAUUCCGAUUGGAAAGGAGAUAAGAGUUUCAAAAAUAUCUAUUCAAAAUUGAAGGAGAUAGACUAUGUUGGAACGGUAACUAUGGUUGCUUCGCUCGUUUUGCUAUUACUAGGGAUCAGUAUCGGAACUUCUUAUCGUUGGGGGGGUGUUGCCAAUAUCACAUGUUUUGUACUAGGAGGUGUGAUUUUCAUUUUUUUCAUGUACUGGAAUUGGUUUCUGAGUAAAGCACCGGUAUUGCCACCUCUUAUUUUAAAGGUAGGGAAAAUGAAUAUCAAUGCUGCAAUUUCAUUUUUAGCAAACGGGUUAUUUUUAUCAACGCUUCAGUUUAUGUCACUUUACUACCAGAUUAUUUAUGAUGAGAAGCCACUUGAUUCUGGAGUUAGCAUGCUCUCCAAUAUUAUUUUGACAAGUGUCGGUACUCUUGUUGUAGGAUACUCCAUGAACAGGACAAGGAGGGUGAAGGAAUUUGUCUUCAUUUCCGGGUUCAUGUCUGCUUUGGGAAUUGGUAUUUACCAGGUUGUUAAAGUUAACAGUAGAAAAGCACUAUUUAUUGGUUUACAAACUAUAUGUGGUCUGGGGUUUGGUUUUGGGUUUCAUCCUCCUCUUGUUUCGGCUCAGUUAGUUGCUCCCAAACCUAGUGUAACCGACAAGGGCAUGGAUAUGAAGUCAUCAGUCAUGCUCUCGACUUCCUACAUCACGUUUUCUAAAAAUAUUGGUAGUGCAUUCCUUAGUGAAAUUUCACAGCUGAUUUAUACCACUACUCUUUCUAAAAAUUUGAGAAAAGUUGCACUUGAUGAAAAUAUUCCUAACUCUGAGAUCUUGAUUUUAGUUAAAAAUGUUGAUUACAUGUCAACAUUAAUUGAAAAGCAUGGAUAUGAGGCAGGAAUUUCGAUUAAAAAAGCCUUCUUACAGGCUAUCCAGAAUGUUUUUUGGUUAACAUUUGCAUGCAGUCUUUUAAUGACAACACUGGGUUGCCUUAUGAGCAAUAAACGCUUACCAAAACCUCAAUCGAAAGAAGUCGGAAAAGGAGAAAAAGAUGCAAGUUUAUCGAUGACGGAGGAUACAUAG